CACACACACACACACACUCAGAUGUCAUUAUGACAUCACUUGUUUAGAUGUUUCUGAUGAUGUCACUCUGUCCCCGCAGUGACGCACACGGACUGAUGAUGUCACGCUUCAGCUUCACUGACCGUUCUGGUCGGGUUGUCUGUCGGACCUCAAUGAACAGUCGUGAGCGUUGGCGUCAGCAGAACGUUAACGGAGCGUUCUCCGAGCUGCGGCGUCUCAUCCCCACGCACCCCCCUGACAGGAAGCUGAGCAAGAACCAGAUCCUGCGUCUGGCGCUGCGCUACAUCAACUUCCUGGACCGGCUGGUGCUGGACCAGAACACAAGACGAGCCCCCCAGGGUCGAGUGGGGAGCCUGGACCAGGAGGAGGAGCUACAGGAGGCAGAGUCACCAAACUCCACCUGUGAUGGAGACUCAGAGGACCUGGACCGUCUGCAGGACAGUCUGCAGGACAGUCUGCAGGACAGUCUGCACAGUCUGCAGGACAGUCUGCAGGACCGUCUGCAGGACAGUCUGCACAGUCUGCAGGACAGUCUGCAGGACCGUCUGCAGGACCGUCUGCAGGGCUGUGGCAGUCUGAUGGAGGUCCGGUUCAUGUGAUCAUGUGAUCAGAGACCAGCAGAGUUCUGACAAACCGUUUGAGGUCCUUUAAAAACUCAUAUUGUUGUUCUGGGCCGAGUCGUCAUGUGAUAUUCACAUUCAUCAUUGUUAAUUAUUAAAGUUUAAUUUCUGUCAGCUGACAGGAAGUGUGUGUAACACUGUGUGAUUUUAAUGACAAUAAACAUAAAUCAAAUAAACUUUGUUGUUUAUUCAUUAUUAUUGUGUAUUAUUGUAUUAUUCAACAUUCAGUCACCAGAAUGUUUGUAGAUCAAUGAAUGUGUCGAUGACGUCACGUGAUCAGGUGACAUCAUGUGAUCAGGUGACAUCAUGUGUCUGUGUUUGUUCAUUUAUUUAAACAUCAAAGACAACUUAUUA